GGCGGCUCGAGAGGCCGUUAGUCGCGCGCACGCUUCUCCAAGAUGGCGGCCGCGAAGGAUGGCUGUACAUUAGGAGAAGCGGCCGCAGGGAACGGGCGGCGGCUCCACCUCGGGAUUCCUGAGGCCGUGUUUGUGGAAGAUGUAGAUUCCUUCAUGAAACAGCCUGGGAAUGAGACUGCGGAUACAGUGCUAAAGAAGCUGGACGAACAGUACCAGAAGUAUAAGUUUAUGGAACUCAAUCUUGCUCAAAAGAAAAGGAGGCUGAAAGGUCAGAUUCCUGAAAUUAAGCAGACUUUAGAAAUUCUAAAAUACAUGCAGAAGAAAAAAGAGUCCACCAGUUCACUGGAGACCAGAUUCUUACUGGCAGACAACCUGUACUGCAAAGCUUCCGUUCCUCCUACUGAUAAAGUGUGUCUUUGGUUGGGGGCUAAUGUAAUGCUUGAAUAUGAUAUUGAUGAAGCCCAGGCAUUAUUGGAAAAGAAUUUAUCAACUGCCACGAAGAAUCUGGAUUCUCUUGAGGAAGACCUUGACUUUCUUCGAGAUCAGUUUACUACCACAGAAGUCAAUAUGGCCAGGGUUUAUAACUGGGAUGUAAAAAGAAGAAACAAAGAUGAUUCUACCAAGAACAAAGCAUAAUGCUGGCAAUUAAAAAUGUGGUUCAGUUUUCCAAACAUGUUAUUUUAAGUACCCCAAAGCUUAUCCCUAAAGGUUGACAUGACUUUGAUUUUUUUAACAGCAAGAAUGAUAAUUAAAACUUAAAAUGAAAAACAUCAUUUAUUAUAAAAACAAAAUUGGUUUCAAAUAUUUUGUGAAAUUAACAAUAUUUUAAUUUUUUUAAAAUUUUAUUUCCAACAAAGUAAAUGCUACCUUCAUCAGGUUUUUUUUGGUUUGUCGUAAAAAAAAAAAAUCUUAGCUGAAAUGACUGAGGGGUGCUAUGGAAGCUGAAUUCUGGACACUUUUCUUUAUUGGCUGAUGUUAAACUCUCGCUUGAUGUGGUUAAACCCGUGUAGAGGUAGGAAAAACAGUUUAAGUAUUUCCAAACUUGUUUUCUUUAGUACAUAUGGGGCUUUAUGGCUCUCUGUUGCUGUUAUUCGUCUUAUAAAAAUAGAUUUUCACGAAUUACUGCUUAGCCAAUAACUAUUGUAAUAUGCUGUACUUUUCAAGAAAUGGUAGUUUGCCUUCCUAAACAGUGAGAGGGCUACUACCCUGUAGAAGUGCUCGGUUUCUUUGCAAUGACAACGUAAGGGAGAUCUUGACCAAUGUGAAAUAACAACAUUCUUUAGCCACUCAAAACUCUUGGCUAGGCAAUUUUGUAUUUCUGAACUGUUCUCCAAAGCAGUUGAACAAGAAUAUUAAGAUAUAUGUAAAUCUGCAGUGGUUGAAAAGAUUUGUGAGCUUUUUUUACUCAUGAUAAAAUGUCAUAGGAAAAGUAGAAAAAUCCCUGUGGAAAGCCAUUGGUCCAGUGGCUAGCACUGGGUGAUACAGAUUCUGAUAAAAACACAAAUGUAUUAUUCCUUCUCCAUGUAGUACAACAUAUACCCGUACAAUGUUUUGUACUUGUAUUUCAUGAUAUUAAAACAUUGACGUGAAAA